AUGUCUCCCAGAAACUCGGACAUUGAAAUUGGCGACAUCGACAAGGCCAGUGCCAACAAUGUCGAAGUCAUCGCCAAUGCCGACAAGCCAAAUCCUCAGAAAGAAGCUCCGGCCUCGGUGGCCGCUCUCACCCCAGAAGAGCGCAUCAAGGCCGAGAAAGCCCUCGUCCGCAAGAUCGAUAUCCGCUUGUUGCCCAUGAUCAUCCUCAUGUACAUCCUCAACUAUCUCGACCGAAACAACAUCGCCUCAGCCCGUCUAGCAGGCCUGGAAGAAGACCUGGGACUAGUGGGCAACCAAUUCGCAACCUGCGUCAGCAUCCUCUUCGUCGGCUACCUGCUCAUGCAAAUCCCAUCCAAUCUAAUGCUCAACAAAUUCGGCAAACCAGCCCUCUACCUGCCCAUCGCCAUGGUCCUAUGGGGAGUCAUCUCCACCGCAACCGCAGCGGCCUCGAGCUAUGCCGGCCUCGUCGUGAUCCGGUUCUUCCUCGGUUUCGUCGAAGCAGCCUACUUUCCAGGCUGUCUCUACUUCCUCAGCGCCUGGUACACGCGCAAGGAACUAGGCUUCCGCACCGCAGCCCUGUACUCCGGAUCUCUGCUGUCGGGCGCCUUCUCUGGUCUGAUAGCAGCAGGAAUAACAGGCAACAUGGAUGGCGUCCUCGGCCUUCGCGCCUGGCGCUGGCUCUUCAUUAUCGAAGGCGCCAUCACAAUCGUCGUCGCCUUCGCUGCGGUCUUUGUGCUCCCGAACUUCCCUCGCACAACCGGCUGGCUCAGCGACGAAGAAAAAGAGCUCGCCGUCUGGCGACUGGAAGAAGAUAUCGGCGAAGACGACUGGGUCGACAGCGAACAACAAACCUUCCUGCACGGCGCCAAGCUCGCCUUUGCAGAUAUCAAGACCUGGGUGUUGAUGCUGAUGAUCCUCUGCAUCGUCUCCUCCGCCUCCGUCACAAACUUCUUCCCAACAGUCGUCCAAACGCUCAACUACGGCAAGAUCGAGACCCUGUUGCUCACAGCUCCGCCGUACUGUCUCGCCGUCUUCUGCGCAUUUGCUAAUGCCUGGCACGCCGAUCGAACCGGCGAGCGCUAUUUCCACGUUACACUGCCGCUCUACAUCUCCGUCGUGGCGUUCAUUAUUGCUGCCACGACGACGGGCACCGCGCCGCGAUAUGUCGCCAUGAUGCUCAUGGUGCCGUCGUUCUAUUCUGGCUACGUCGUUGCUCUUGGCUGGAUUUCGAAUACCUUGCCCCGUCCGGCGGCUAAGCGUGCGGCUGCGCUUGCUGCUAUUAAUUGCGUCUCUAAUGCUAGCAGUAUCUAUGCUAGCUAUAUGUAUCCCAAUAGUGACAAACCGCGGUUUGUGCCCGCCAUGUCCGUCAAUUGCGCCACUGCGUUUAUUGCGAUUGUUGCUGCUACUGUUCUGAGGUUUAUGCUGGUUCGUCUUAACAAGAAGCUCGAUCGUGGCGAAGAGGUUGAAGGUGCUGUUCCGGGUGAGGGAAGUCGUCGUGGCUUCCGGUUCUUGGUCUAG